AUGGCUGAUCAGUUCUCGGAUCUGUGCAGAGACAGGUCAAAUCCGGUGCGUUGCCGCGACGAAUCCCAUCCAUUGCACGGUGGUGAAGCAAUCCAACUCUCUCCUCUCAACGCCGCUUCUUUCCCUCUUCCGUCAGCUGAAUCCAGCAUCUUGCUAUUCCUCGGAUUACCACAGGGCGCAGCGAUAUGGGUGAUACAUAUGAUUGAAGCUGGCGAACCAACCGUUGCUGGUUACAUUGCAGCGGAUGUACUCAUCCCUUGUAGUGUUCUGGAUCGGUCUCGUUGUGUCCCAACGUUAUCUCGAGUACGCACCGAUUGGAAGAUGGUUGCGCCGAUCCGUCAUGAGUCUGCGCCUGAGCCUGUUAUCGUGUCGUUGACCGCUGGCCACGGGGAAAAGCAUGUCGGUUAUCAAAGCUUCUGCGUCGUUAUCCGAUUUAUCGGCUGGGAUUUCCCCAGAAUUCUGUCGCAGACUGAGCUUUCCUAG